GUCUGGCCUGGUACUGCGCGCGGGCGCCAUGCGGCGGGCCUCCUCGGGGCACGGCGGGCCGGCAGCCAGGGCCAACGCCGCCGGGGCGGCCGGCGCCGCGGCCGCUCGCUCACGGGCGUUGGGCGAGGAGCCGCCCCCGAAGAGAGCGAAGGUGAGGCUGGACGAGCCCGCGCAGGUCAAGGUGAAGGACCUGUGGCCCGGCGGGCCGGAGGCCUUCGAGAAGGUCUGCCACGCGGGAAGGAUCCACGCCCUCCGACUGCCCGGCAGGCUCGCGGAGGCGGGCAAGAUCGCCCCGAACCCCUUCGCGCUACCGUGGGCGUGGCCCUCAACGUGCCCGGACGCCGUGCUUAUUCGCGACUUGCUGGCAGAGUUUGCAGCGGGCUUGGCGAUUGCGGACGUGCUACCGAGGAAAACCGAGCCGGAACCUGCCGAGUGCGCAGCCGAAGUGGCCAAGAGCGCAGCAGCAGCUGCUGUGGCAGAGCCGGCCAGCGAAGACGCAAUGGGAACAUCGGAAACCAACGCCGCAGAGGUUGAACCGCAGGCUCUCUUGGCGGACUUGUGGCCUGGCGGCGCUGGGGCAUAUCAAGAUCUCAGCGGCAGCCGGAAGAAACAAGCUUACCAAUUGAUCCGCGAGCUUGUGGAGUCAGGCAAGAUUGCCCCCAAGCCCAAUCCUUACGCCCCGUGGGUGUGGCCUUGUGGCAGUCACGACGCAGAGUGCGUUCGGAACGCGCUGGCUGAUUUCGCAGCACGCCCGGAGCCGCCGCCGCCAAUCACGCUGGCGGAUUUGUGGCCGGACGGACCCGAGGCCUAUAAACAGCUUAGCGGCAGCCGUUCUCAGCAAGUGCACCAGGUGAUCCGCAGUCUCGUCGAGUCAGGCAAGAUUGACCCCAGGCCCAAUCAUUACGCCCCGUGGGUGUGGCCUUGUGGCAGUCACGACGCAGAGUGCGUUCGGAACGCGCUGGCUGAUUUCGCAGCACGCCCGGAGCCGCCGCCAAUCACGCUGGCGGAUUUGUGGCCGGACGGACCCGAGGCCUAUAAACAGCUUAGCGGCAGCCGUUCUCAGCAAGUGCACCAGGUGAUGCGCAACCUCGUCGAGUCAGGCAAGAUUGCCCCCAGGCCCAGACCCACCGCCCCGUGGGUGUGGCCGACUGGAAGUCAGGACGCAGAAUGCGUUCGGAACGUACUUGCUGAAGUUGCAGCACGCCCAGAUUCGGCGCCGAAGGUGAAGGCGGAGUCGGCUCCAGAGAGGGAGCGCGGCGACUCCGAGACCACCAAGCUCGGCGACAAGGCCUCGGUGUGGCUCGCAGACGGCGGGCCGGGGCCCCCGCCGGGGCUGUUGCCGGCCGACGCGACCGUGUGGGUUGCGGAAUCCGGCGCGCAGAUGCUCCAGGCUGAGGCUCAUGAUGCUACGCUCGCGGAGGCUGUCCGUGCAGGGAGAGAGGCAAUUCCCGGGCCUCCCAAGUGGGGUCGACCAGAUGGGGAGUCGGAGGGCUGCGCUUAG